GACUGAAAUCAACAUUUAGCGCAAAAUUUCUUCAAUUUUCGUUUUUCUUUACACUUUAUUUGUUAGGAUAAUGACAACUUUCAAAAAACUUCCUCCAAAACCAUCUAAAACUAAUUUCGAUCUAAACUCUACACAAAAUCUGGUUGAUCCUCAAUGGGAAACUUUAGAUCCAACGCCAAAUAUAUUUUCAAUGUUCAGUACAUUCAAUAAUAAAUUUUUUGCUGGUCGCUUGUCAUGUGUUGAAGUUGAAUGGUCAACGAAAAUGUACCAAUGCGCUGGAAUUUGUUAUUCGCGUAGGAAUCAAAUGGGGAUGGCUUGUGUUAUUCGUUUAAGUGAGCCAUUGCUGAAACUUCGAUCACGUAAAGAUCUCGUAGAAACACUUCUCCAUGAAAUGAUUCACGCUUGGAAUUUCAUUCGCGGUAUUCUAGAAGAGAAUGGUGGACAUGGAAAGAACUUUUUAAGCAAAAUGCACGAAAUAAAUCGACAAGCUGGAACAAACAUUUCUGUUUAUCAUACAUUUCAUGAUGAAGUUAACUUAUAUAAAAAACAUUGGUGGCGAUGUGAUGGAGUUUGCAAAAAUCGAUCGCCUUAUUAUGGAUUUGUAAAGAGAGUAAGCAAUCGUACUCCUGGACCGAAUGAUUUUUGGUGGAAACAACAUGAAAGUUCUUGUGGUGGUAAAUUUAUUAAAGUAAAAGAGCCUGAAAAGCUAGUCAAAGGUAAAGAAAACAAAAAGAAAGAGAAAAAAAGCAUUGCAGAGAAAAAGAUGACUACUUCACCUGGAUUAGACAUUCGAAAAUUUUUUAAGCCAAAUGGAACAGACGAUAAACAACCAACAAGCAAAGGAGUUGAAGUUGGUACAAAUCUUCCAUCAACAUCAAAAGCUCGGGAAAAAAGUAGUUCAGGAAUUACUUUAGGUGGUAAGAACUCUGGACGAAGCCGACUGUUGGAUUAUUUUGAUACUAAAGACAGUGAUAAGACUGAAAGCCAACCUAAGAAAAGAAAACUCUUUGAUCCUAGUGAUGGCGUUAUUCAUAUUCAGAUCACUACAGACACGGAUUAUACAUCACUUCAUGAUUCUAUGAAGGCUGAAUUUGACGAUGAUGUCAUUUUUAUCGAUGAUGAGUUCAAUGAUAACUUUCCUAAGCCAGUUCAAGAAAAAGAAGAUGAAAUUAUUCCAAUUGAAAUUUGUUCCUGUCCAGUCUGCAAUAUUUCUGUAGCAACUGGAGAAAUCAAUCAACAUUUAGAUCUAUGCCUGGGAAUGUAGUUUAAUUACACAAACAAUAAUAAUUUUUAAUAAUGAAAAAAUAUAAAAUUUUAGAGAAAUUACCAAAGAUUGAAAUGUUUUUAUCUUCGACUGUCAAAAGCUGCAAGAUAGUGAAAUGUAACUCUCAAAUAUUUGAUGUUUUAAUACUUUUUACUUAAUAAACUUUCCUGGAAAUUUUCAUGUGAUGCGGUUUGGGAGAAUGGAACAACAUAGUAUGAAAGGGAAAGUUUAGAGAAGUAAAUAUUUGAAAAAUAAACAUUAUCGGAUAACUCAUGAAAAGUUUUCAAUAUCUAAGUGCUAUUUAAAUAUUUCAAGUCUUUUGGGUAAGUUUUGUUUUUAAAUUAAGAAAUUAAAUUUUCAACAAGUAGAACUAACAACGAUAAACAUAAAUAUUAGCUGAAAUUAAACAGGAAGUGGAAACAGAAGAAAAAGUU